GCCCCCAGAGUACAAGACCAUGUUCAGACAUGGUACAUGUGGUAGCUAUACACACGUAGUGAAUGUGAUCCCAGGCCUAGAAGUCAGGGUCUGUGUGUAGGCAGAUCACUGUUGUGGUAGGGGAGGAAAUCAGGCUAGAAGUGCUUGAAGGAAGGCUAGGAUAAGGCAUGUAUGCUAUGUGACAGCUGUGUGUGUUGGGUACAUGCUUAUCCGGGAAUGACAGUAUUAAGUAAGGAAUAAGUGCAUACCACUGCAUGUGGUGUUGUAUAGGUGUUGCUGAGGACAAAUCCUGGACGUUUUAAAUGACCAUGCUCUGUAUGUAUGGACAUUCGAAAGGUUUACAUGUAAAUGUGGUACAAUGUGGACAUUUGAAGACCUACAUGUGGGACAAGUUGGACAUUUGAAGGCCUUCAUGUGGUAAAAUGUGGACAUUUGAAGGCCUGCAUGUGGUGAUAUGUGGACAUUUGAAAGCCUACAUGUGGUAAAAUGUGGAGGGUAUAUGCGUUUCACUGUAGACAUUUGCAACCUAGUGCCAGUGUAUAUGGCUCAUGAAGUCAGCAUCAGCAGAGCGGUGAUACAUGAGAUGGUGGGAGUCCAAUGACAAGUUAUGUCACUAUUUAUACAGAGACUUUUGCAGUGCCCAACAACAACUAAAAUGUGACUGAACCUGUAAGCGUGCUACGUGAACCCAUUUGCAUAAUUCUGUCAUAGUACUAGACUGAUUGGUCUCUUUACAUUUUGUGCUGAGGAUUAGUGUCAGUGUGACAGUGAGUGACAAAGAUCAACCUGUACACCCAUCCCACAAAUUAAGGUCGACAGGACGACACAAAAUACAUCAUGUUUAAGGAUGCUGCAAGCUGGCCUUUAGCACAGAUGCUCUGUUAAGCUUGAGUGCUGUCGUGGAAUACAUGUGUACAUUGUAAAUGAGUUGAGGCCAGGAUUGUGGGUGGCUGUCUGUGACUGGGCACAUAAAUACCUGGUGUCCUAUGUCAUUAGCCUGUUCAUAUUACUCAAACUAACAGUAGGAGGUAUGCCUAAGAAGCUUAUGUCAGAUUUGUCUGUACUGCAGCUGACUUUGUUUACAACAGUAUGUAGCACACGGGGGUAGAUACAGCUAUAGAAAUUGUAAAGGUGACAGCAUGUGGUUACAGGGACAUCUGGUUUUAAUGUUUAAUUCAUGCACUCAUAAAGCCUGUGUCUAUUAAUGGAGUGAAUGUGAAGUAUAGACCAUUAAUAUCUCUGAAUAGACAAAUGCAUAUAUCCGAACAUGUGAUGCAAAUCAGUAGGCUUAUAUGGUGUGGAUGAAUGAAUAUAGGCUGCUACACAUGCUGAUCUUCAUGAUUUUAAGUAGUGAGAUACAUAUGACUGCGCACUGCUGUUUUCAUUAAAUCUUCAUGUUGAAGUGCUCAGCUGUGGUGCAUGUAGGCCUAAUAUCAAAUUCCAGGGCAGAUGUAUGAUCACCAGAAACUAUAGAGACUGGCUUAGGCAAGGAGCCUACAUAUGUAAUUGUUUUGUACAUGUAAAAGAUGUAAAUCCAAGUCAGUGUUUGAAAAAAAAGGAGAUGAGAAACAGGCUGACCAUGUGACUUGGACUAAAGCUCUAUUGUCCAUAUAGCCACAGGCUACUUAGGUUAAGCUACAUUUUUAGUAACAGUUUUUUGUGAGGGCAAGAAUGAACAGUGCAGGACUUUGUAAGUCAGAGACAGCCAAGCUUGAUUAGGAGUGGCAUUACUGGAUUUGCAACUCUUCAGAAUGUAUGUGUGGAUUGAGAUUUGCAGGGGACACACAGCUCCACUGGUGCUGGACAGACUAUCAGCAACACAGUUAUCCCCCUCACCACAAGGAACCUCAGCUUUCUGGUUGUGAAUGAGAUCAUCAGUGUCAGGAAAUUAGCCACUUCUGUUUACCCCUGGGCAAACCACCAGGCUGAUGGUGAUACAAGCCUCUCCUGUGCCACCAAACAUCCUGAUAAAUAUUUAGGGACAUUCAGCUGAUGGUGCUUUUAGAUUACCCAGGCUCCAGCUGAGUUUCUGCGGAUGCAGAGAUCCAGUAGCCAUGGCAACUGUGAAUUUGGUUGGCUUUCUUUCUGCUGAAGUUGUACAAGCUUGUGAACAUCUAUGUGAUUUGAUCGGACAUGAUUUUACCUGCUGUUACUGAGCUCAUACACAUCACAACAGGGCACUUCCGCUGUGCGGACUUCUCCCGCCAUCCUCCCGUGGAGCUUGAAAAUGAAAAGCCAGAAUGGAUCAUAUAUAGUGUCACUGGUCACUAUAUUGAUUACUGACUGACUUCUGCCAUACUUUGCUGAUCGUUUCCAUCAGGGAAGCCAGCAUAAAGCCUUCAGAUGGGAUGACAGAAAAUAUUCAUCAGUAGUUUGCCAGCCAUUGUAUUUAAGAAGCUUUUUCUAUAGGCCUUCAGCAGUUUACCAUGAGGUUGAGACACUGUCUGUUCAGGAUGCGGCUGCAGCUGGUGUCUGCACUAGUACUGGUGUCACUCUACAUUUCUGCGGUGUCUUACUACCACCUGUCUGGCAGGGAUUUAGGUGGCACUGGGCAGGACAUUCAGGUGGCCUUGCGACAGUCACAUGAUGUGUUUCCAAAGGAAGAUAACACUGCUGCUGCUCAGAGUAACUUUUAUGAUCCAUAUUUCCAUUUAAAAUUACCACAUCUAGCCAAUAAGCACUUUGUGAAAACAUGUGAGGAAAAGACCAACUUUGUGUUUAUAAAAUGCAUGAAGUGUGCUACUGAGACAAUGGGAACAAUUUUGCGUAGGUACGGAUAUAUACGCAAUUUAUCAUUUGUUGUGCCGAACGGCAAAUUGCUGUAUCUGGGGUGGCCCUAUCCCAUGACGCAUAAAGACUACAGGCCUUCCAAAACGAGUGGAUUCAACAUCCUUGUGGAACAUUCCAUUUAUACCAAAACUGUGAUGAGACAGAUAAUGCCUGCAGACACCAAAUAUGUUACUAUUAUUCGUGAGCCUUAUAAUCACUUUAAGUCAGUGUUCAAUUAUUUUAAUAUUGCAAAUGUGGCCAAAAUCCCUGGACCAGAUACUUUGACGGAAUACCUGCAUAAUAUUGAGAAAUAUGACGCAUUUUACAAGUCACAGGAAGCAUCUCCUAUUCGGUAUUGUAUUCCCAAUAACUUUUCCAUGACGCAAAACUUGCUGUCUCGCUGUCUUGGCAUGCCCUUGGGGUUCCCUCCUGGGCACCCAGACAUUUCCUCAGACACUUUGGCUGUGCAGAGCUACAUUGAGCAGCUGGAUAGUGAAUUCUCCCUAGUUAUGAUCCUGGAGUACUUCAUGGAGUCAUUGGUGAUGCUCAGGCGCCUCAUGUGCUGGACCAUAAAGGACAUACUGUAUCAUUCGGUGAACAGACAGGAGUACCGCUACAAAAGGUCCUUUCCAAAACCCAGGAAUCUGGAAAUAUAUUACAAGUGGAGUCGCAUUGAUUAUAUGCUGUAUGACCAUUUUAACGAGACUUUUUGGAAAAACGUGGGCGAGCAAGGAGAUAAUUUCAGGGACGAAGUUUAUUUCCUGUUUCAGGUGGAAACACAGAUGGAACUUUAUUGUUUUGGAAGUAAUCGAACAGAGGGGCGUCCACCUCUUCAAAUUCCUGCAAGUCCAUGGAGCAAUGCGUUUAAUUUUACUGCUGAAGAAGAUUGUAAAUUAUUGCUAACUAACCUGUUUGAAAAAAUUAAAGAACGCUAUGAUCAGAUGUGAAAUAUUUUUAUCAUAAGUAAUUCAUGCAAUGUAUAUUUUCAUUUGAGAUUAUGUAAAUAGAAAAAAUAUUCACUUCAUGUUUUGAUGCUAUAUAUUUUUACAAACUUAUUGACUUUUCAUAUGAAUAUUUAACAUCCUCCCUUACAAGCUACAUGACUUAAAAAUAUCUUGUUUUGUAUACAAAACUGGUAAAUCACCUUAUCAUUACGGUGAACAUAAUCACUGUUUACCAGGAAAUGGAGUUUAUUCUUAUGAUCAUGGUCUCAUCCACUUGUAUCACUCAAGCAGAAAAAGGUUGGCAGAAUGAUGGAGAAAUACAUUUUGACAAAGAAUCACUUAUUUUUUACACA